AUGGGGGCGGAGGGGCCGGUGCCGGGUCACCUCCGGUGCAGAAGGAGCGACGGGAAGCAGUGGCAAUGUUCCCGUCGCGCCGAGGACGGGAAAUCCUUCUGCGAGUUCCACCAUCUGCAGGCCCUUCGCCGCCAGUCCCGCCGGGCGCGCCAGGCCGUGCCGGAGCAUCUCCGGUGCCGGAGGAGCGACGGGAAGCAGUGGCGGUGUUCCCGAAGGGCCAAGAAUGGGUUGUCCUUCUGCGAGAUCCACCAUCUCCAGGCCCUCCGCCGCCAGUCCCGCCAGCCCGUGCCGGACUCCCUCAAGCUCCCCUGCCUCCGGCGCGGCGCCGAUUCCGCGGCUCAGAAAGAUGGGGAGCUGGGCAGCAAGGACGCGCCGGUGACGAUGCCGAAGAGAGGGAGGAAGAAGGUGGGGAAUGGGGAGUUGACGAUGGAGCUGAUCAGGAUGGUGGUGCGGCAGAUGCUGCGGCGGAGAGAAGAGAAGGAGAAGAGGAAGAGGGAGGAGACGACGAUGGACGAUACAUACGAUCUGCGCGGAGAGGUUGCCGAUGAUGUGGCCUCCUCGUCGCACAUUGCUCCGAUCAUGUCUCCGGACAUUGUGGGCGGCGAUCCAGCCGAGGGGAAGCUGGUGCUGGGCACGAGCUCCUUCUUGCGCUGGCCGUUCCGGUCGAAGAAUGUGGAGAGGCCACCUCUGGUGGCGUCUGCUCAGGUGUGGUUGCCCGUGCGCUGUUCGACAGUAAGCCUCAUCCACAAGGAUCCACCUGUUUCUUGUUGCUCUCCUCAAUCCUCCCUCCCCUCCCCUCCCUCCCCCCUUCCCCUCCCACCCUAACCUCUUAUUUCUCUGUAGAUGAUUUCCAGAGGAAGAAGAACCAUCCAUGGCGAGAAGAGCAGGAAGAGGGCGUGCCAGCUGUGCCAGGAGACCCACACACAGUCUCUGGUUCGCUGCUCCAGCUGCAGGAAGGUGCUUUUCUGCAUGACUUGUGUAAAGAAGUGGUAG